CUUUGGUGAUUUUAUAUUUGUCAGAAAUGUUUGCAAAAUAGAAACGUCAAAUAUAUGUGUAAAUUAGCUAAAAAUAAACAAAUAGAUAUAAUUUAUUUUUAUUAAAACAUGAGUGGCGUGGAAAAUGCCUAUUGUCGUCUUUGUGCCACAUUAAAAUCUUGCACGAAACUCGUAAAUAUUGCUAUGGAUGAAGAAAUGCGUGAUUCAGUAAUAAGCAAACUAAGCAGAUUUAACAUAAAUAUAAAUUUGAAUAAUCCAGAUGAUGGAUUACCUUGUACUAUAUGUUUAACGUGUAUUAACUCUUUGGAUAAAGCUUUUGAUUUCAUUUGGGAAGUCGAAAAAGCUCAAAAAGUAUUAGAAGAUUUAACCGAAGUUAAAAAUAUAAAAAAAGAAAGUCUUGUGUCUGAUGAUGACAAUUACGAUUCUUCUUCGCCGGUUUUGGAUGUUAAUAUUAAAAUUAAAUCAGAAAGUGACAUUCAAGGACAAAAUGAUCUCCAAUCAGAGAAAUCGGAUAAAAAAAAGCGAAAUAAAAUUGAAAUCAUCCGUGAUCUGGAUGGUUUACCGUUAGCUCAGUUAAAAAUGUCUUGGAAAGACUAUAAUUGGCAAUGUGCUUAUUGCGAAACACUAUUCCCCACUAUAGAUGAACUCAAAACCCACUCGAUACAGUUUCAUGAAUGCUGUAACCCAUACAGAUGCACAGAUUGUAAUAUACGUAAAUUAAAACUAGAUAGCUUCAUUGCUCACGUGAAACGGCACAGAAAGUAUUUAAAAUUAUCUUGUUUCAAGUGUCAUAAGAAAUUUGCUAAAACGUCGCAUGUAAGAAUACACUAUGACACACAUGUUAAAACAAAACAUAUUUGCACUGGCUGCAAUGAAACAUUUAAAACAUCAGAGGAACUUACUCAGCACAGCAACACAUUUAACAGAGAUUUAAGAAUAAGGCAGCUUCCACCAAUGGCGUUGCAAAACUUGAAUGAUGGUCUCACUUGCAUGAUAUGUCAAAAAACUUUUAAAUACAAGGGAACUCUUACGAACCAUCUAUUGAUACACACUGAGCGAAAACGAGAUCACACUUGUGAAAAAUGUGGCAAACGAUUUUUGAGUAAGCAAAAUUUAGCCGGACAUAUGAUGCUUCAUGAUGAUAUUCGUCCCUAUCCUUGUGAAAUUUGCAAGUUUAGAUUCAGAACACCAGGACAACUAAGAAUGCAUGUAGGAAUUCAUGGUGGUGUUAAGCCAUUUGAAUGCGAUCAGUGUGGUCGUUGUUUUCGUUUGAGGAAACAGCUAAUGAAUCACAGUAUUAUUCACACGGAUACCAUGCCGUACAUAUGCUCAUAUUGCAAUAAAGGUUUUCGUUUCAAGAGUAUUCUCGAUCAACAUAUACGUCAGCACACUGGAGUCAAGCCAUAUUCCUGCCAACUUUGUGAACGACAAUUCACGAAUUGGCCAAAUUAUAACAAACAUAUGAAACGAAGGCAUGGCACGAAUAUGGCGAAGAAGAAACGAACACCUAAGGGAGUUUAUCCAAUCGAUCCAGUGACCGGAGAAAUGAUCAUGUAUGUAGAGACAAACAAAACUGAUGAAUGGAAAAAGGAACUUUUAGAAGGAUCAAGGAAACCAGGUCGGCCAAAACUUAACCAUAAUGACGGUAACACAAAUACCACAUCAGAAGAGAUAGACCUGAAUAAUUAAAUAAAGCAGAUUUCAUUAUAUGAAAAGACAAUAUAAAAUAUGUACAAAUCAAUUUAAAUGGAUGAAUUUGAAUAAAAAUGCAAU